AUGCAAAAUCUAAAGCAAUUACGGAGUAACGAUAGCCCAAACCGAAAGAAUCAAGGCAAGAAGAAAAUGCUAGAUAUACCUGCUGGUCGAUCCAUUCGCUCAGAAGAUAUUUCAGACAGAGAACAAGCUAGUUCUUCAGGAGUAAAUAGACCAGAUCCUAAGAAAAAUGCAAAGUCCAGGAAGCGAUUGAUUAGUGAGGUUUCCUCUUCAGAAUGCAGUGACACAGACAUAAGUUUGGCAUCUUCUACUGAAGAUCUCAUUCUGGCACGAGAUCAAUCUGAUGAUGAAGAGGACAACUUACGCCUAGCACAGCUUACAAAUCGCAAUCCCAGAAGCAACUAUGAUGGAAAUCUGGAGGCGCUUGGGCCAUCAACUCAGCUACCAGAGCCCAUUCCUCCGGAUUGCAACACAAGGUUUAUUGAAGAUCUGCUUUUAAGAAACUGUUCGAAGUCUGACGGUCAAAGUUGCAGUAAUGAAGACGAAAAUAAAGGGGAGUCAGUGAUAACGAAGAGUACCAAAAUUCGUGAAAAAUGGACAAUUUACUGUACCUGA